AACCAUGAAACAAUCUUUGCAGAACACCUCAUUACCCAAGGCGAUGCAAUCACUUCGUUCUUAGGACAUCCAGAUUGGACCACCGUAGACUAUUGCUCUCUCGGCAAAGACACUCUGGUAAAGCAGAUGAAACGUAGAAACAAGACAGACCCAAAGAUUUGGAAGCUGCCUCGACGACGGUACGGAAGCUAUACUCACGGACGUUUGAGGUCAAACAUUUUCAUGUAUGCUCCAUCAUCUAACUCAGCUAUAUGCAGCGACUAACCCGCUAUCAGAUGUAUCGCAGCCAUCUUAGCUUUCAUGACUGCGGACUACGCUAUCGCUCUCGCAAAGCCACUGCCAACAGACGGCUGGUCCGGGACAGGUUGGUACUGGGCGUGGGGCACAUCUUCCAAUCGACUAUUCCCACUAGCCGCCCAGUCUUUCUCUCCCCGCAGCGUUCUAUUCAACACAUGGUUAGCCAACGCCCCGCAGAUACCCCCUCAAUAUCUUACUUUGCGCUGAACCGCCUCUGCACCUCCAUCUCCUUCAUCACUGAAUGGAACAGCCACGCCACAACCCGCAAAGGCCUCCGCGUCACCAACCCAGCCGGCGCCCAGCGGCCCGCCUAUUUCUUACAGGUCCCUUACCGCUGGGCCAUCCCCCUAACCACCAUGUCCGGCGUCCUGCACUGGCUGCUGUCGCAGUCUUUCCUCCGCAUAGAUCUGCGCGACGCCCAGGGAAACUUGAAGCCCAAUGCAUCGAAGUCGGCGGUGUGGGUGCUCAAGUCUCAGCCUGCUGGUUUUCGCCAUCGCUUUUAUCGGCAUGCUGGCUGUGAUUUUCUUCUUGCUGAUGAGACCGUUUACGUUGAGGAUGCCGUCGGCGGAAACAUUGCAGUUUAGUCAUUAGCGCGGUUUGCCAUCCGCCGCCGGAUGAUGUCGAUACACAUCUGAAGGCUGUGCGGUGGGGUGUUGUGAGGAAUCGGUUUGGGGGCAAGAUUGGGCGUUGCUGAUUUUCGAGUGGGGAGGUUGAGGAGUUGGUGGAGGGGACUUUGUAUUUAAGCGGACACGUGACAGUCACGUGGCAAUAGUCCGCGCUAUCACCGAUUUGGAGCUCCAACACCGAGAAUGCUUUCACUCAACCCGCUAGCGGUAUAAUUUUACAUUUUUAACAACAAAC